AUGGUCGCAAAGAGCAGUCAACUACAAUUAAGUGACUGUGGGUUGAAUUUAAGACGCCCAGCAUACACUGAUAUCUCAGUAACUUGCGGCACCAAAUCUAUUGGUCUGGCCAUCCUCAUCUGCCCUGCCAUUUACACUGGUUACAACGAGUCCCUGCUUAUCCUCAACAACAUCAUGAAUGACCCAGCCUGCAAGGGAACUCUGGAUGAAAGUGUGACUCCCCCGAUCGUGAGGUUUGAAUUCCCCAUCAACACGACCAAUUCUUGUGGCAGCCUCUUCAGGACAACCAGCGCUCCAGGCACAGGGAUAUUUUCUGACUUCUCCAACAUCCAGACAGUCAACAUCAGCGGUGUGGUCCGAUCAUAUGAUCCCACCACAGGGACAGUCACUUACAACACUGAGUUGAAGUAUUAUUACUCCUGUGCCUAUCCCCUAGAGUACCUGAUCAACAACACCCUAAUUGAUGUGUCAGCAUCAUCCAUUGCAGUGAAGGACAACAAUGGUAGUUUCAUCAGCACUUUGAGCAUGAAUCUCUUCAGUGAUGUCAAUUUCACUUUACCCUUGGUCAUUCCAGAACAGGGUCUUGACCUGAGGACUGAAGUCUUUGCCCAAGUCAAGGCCACCAACCUGACCUCCCAGUACUACUUCCUCCACUGCAUCACCCAUCUUUGUGAGAAGAGCACCUGCAGUACCUUCAUUCUUGUUCUUAUCCGAUGCCUAGAUAUUGAGCAAACUACACUUCACCAUGGUCACCCAGAUAACUCUAUUCAUGAGAAUGGUGAGAGUCAUCAUUCCCACUUCUCUUUCUAGGCCUUCUGAUUCAUCGAGCAGCAGAAUGAGAUUAAGUCCACCUACUUCCUCCGCUGCAUCACCUGUCUCUGUGAGAAGAGCAUCUGCAGUAUGUUCAUGCAAUGUAACAACAGGAGGAGGAGUACCCAAGACAGGGGGACAGAGCAUAAAACCAUCACCUCUCCUCUCCUUACCAUUAGAGCAGACCAGUCAUCUAGCAGCAACAACUAUGGCUCCUCUACAGGUCUUGGGGUGGCAGGAGGCAUCCUGGCCUUUGCCUGUAUCAUUACCGUUGUCAUAGAAGCCAUCUUCUAUAGAAGACUCAGCCAUUGA